AUUUUCUGUCAUGUUUUAACAUAUGUCAAGUUAUUUUUUCAUUUGUGUUUUAAAAAAUGGAACUUUUUAAAGGCGCUCUGAGAAGGCUGUCGACGGGAUUUCGAACAUACCAAAAAGCAAGUCCAACUGCACAGAAAUUUUGUAAUCUUAAUGCCCCUAAAAAUUCCAGCAAACGUUUUCCCAAAUCAAAACUUAAUUUAAUAUGUGGACAGUCGUUUCCCGAUUAUGAUUUUAAUAGAAUAAAUAAUAAUGAUUUUAGUCAAAACUAUUAUAAACAGUUUCACACAAAUAAAUUUACAAAAGAUCGAGCAGCCCUUUUAAAAACACUUGUUAUAGGAGGCGCUUUUGUGGGAUCGGUGACCUAUUUACUUGGUAAAGCAACUAGUAAAGUAGUACUUGGUGAAUAUGAUGAAGAGUUACCUAGUUAUACAGCUGAGGACGUUGCAAAACAUAAAACGAGGAAAGCAGGAGUGUGGGUAUCAUACAACCGAGGAGUAUACGAUAUUACUGAUUAUCUUGAUAAAAAUCCUGAACAUACACUGCAAAUCUCUGCAGGUGGACCAGUGUAUAAAUUCUCAACAGCCAAAGAAAACUAUGAUGCAGAUUCUCUUGACUUUUUAGAAAAAUAUCGUAUAGGUAAAGCAACUAGUAAAGUAGUACUUGGUGAAUAUGAUGAAGAGUUACCUAGUUAUACAGCUGAGGACGUUGCAAAACAUAAAACGAGGUAA